AUGGUGAAACUUAACAUUUUGGAUGAAAUUUUGGAAGAAACUGAAGCAGGGGCAUUCUCGUCACUUUACAAAUUUCGUGUCUUACGUGGCGCCAAGGUGGCAAUCAUUGAUGUGGAAAGUGAUGAUGAGAAUAAUGAAGAUAAUAACCGGGAAGAUCCAAGCAUUGUGAAUCGUCAAGGAAGUUUCGAUGAAGAUGAUUUGUUUGGAAAGAUGGUGUGUAGUGAAGUGGAAGCCUAUGAAUUCUAUAACAGUUAUGCUACAAGAAUUGGGUUUAGUGUUCGAAAGGGAAAAAAGAUAAGAGAUGCAAAGAAUGUUGUUCGACAAAUUAACUUCAUGUGUUCAAAAGAAGGUUUUCAACAGGAUAGUGAUCCUUCAGAAACCAAAAGGGCUGAUAGGCUAGAUACAAGAACAGGUUGCAAAGCCAUGAUCCGAUUUACAUUAGCAGAGGACAUGUGGAGAGUUUCUCACUUUCAUGCUGAGCACAAUGAUGAGCUUGCUAAGCCAGAAGAGAGACCCUUUUUAAGAUCAAAUAGAAAAAUGUAUGAAGCUCAUAAAGGGGUGAUAAAGACCAUGCGUGAUGCUCGUAUAGGGACCAUAAAGACAUACUCAUAUUUAGCUGAAGAAGUUGGCAGAUCUCAGAAUGUUGGGUUUACGAAGAGAGAUUGCUAUAAUUUUGUGAAUAAUGAGAAAAUGGCUAUGUUUGAGGCUGGAGAUGCUCAAAGCUUAAUCAAUCUUUUCAAGCGUAAGCAAACUGAAGAUCCUAUGUUCUUUUACUCAGUGCAAGUGGAUCAAGAAAAUCGAAUGACAAAUUUCUUUUGGAGGGAUGGCCGAUCAAGACUUGAUUAUGAGUGCUUCGGAGAUGCCUCCCUUCACGUACCAUAUGAUUCGAAUUUCUUUAACACAUUGAAUGUGUUGAGGAGUACAAGUAGGAUUGACCAAAUGGGUUCUGAUUCUAAAGCAUUCUAUCAGCCAAAUGUUUCUUUUACUAGCAUGCUUUUGAGUCAGGAGUUGCAUUCAACAACUGAUGAGCAGCAGCAAGGUUCAAGUCAUAUGCCAUAUUAUUUACCAUAA